AUGAAAUCUGUCGAUGAAACUGAUUUUCAUGAAGAUUUUGUUGUCAAACAAGUUCCUGCAAUUGAUGGUGACCUAAGAGUUGUGAAGCUUUCCCCCACUUUUAAACUUUCAGAUUCACCAUUCUCUCUCAACACCAAACCCAAACCAUAUUCUCUCCCCAAAUCAAAACCCACCAAAUACCUUAUAUCACAAGGGUCUCAAAGACCUCUGAUAUCAUCGAUGGCAACAUCUUCUUCAACUAAAGAUUCGACAAAUGGUAGUAGAGUUGAAGAGAGGGUAGUGCGUUCACCCAAGGGGUUUUUUGAGGGAAGUGAAAUCGCCUAG